AUACUGUAGAUUUGUUUGAGCUAUGCCACGUAGGAUGGUAUAUUGUGGUCCAUGGUGUACUGUUUGAGGGACACUGGUUAUCCUUUGAUACGCUGUUUUUGUUUUUUGUUUUUUUAUUUUUAAUGGCGCAGCUACUUCGAAAUAGCCUGCUCGUCUAAUGUUCGGAGAAGGGGAAUUCAUUGAACAUGGACGAUUUUCAUCCUUAUUUGAUUCUCAUCGAUUCCGGUCGUGGUUUCAACUUGGGGAGGUCGUUCUGGUGAAGGUUUGUUUGGUUGAUUAUAAUUUCCCUCCAAUCAGGAUUAGGGUUAUUUGAAAUUUGAAUUGGAGACCUUUUCCCUCUAAAGUGGAGAUUUACUCGUCUAUAAAUUGGGAAUUGGUGAUAGUUGUAGUGCAGAAGUUGGGAGUUGCGGGUAUUGUUUGUUGUAGAGUCAUGGUGUUCAACGAUAGGAUGAAGAUGGAAGGAAAAUUUGAGGAUGUUGCUGGGAUAUCCCCCGGUAGGGAGGUCGGUACAAUUAAGGUGAGGGUGCUUCGUCUGUGGAAGGUGCCUGCUUUCAUGAAUCCGAAUGAAACCAGUUCUCUUAAGAUGGUUCUGGGUGAUGAGAAGGGUGGAAAGAUUCAUGCUUUUGUUAGGAAGCAACUUAUUGGUUUGUUUGAUUCGAAGCUUGAAGAGGGUGGGGUAUAUGAGAUUUCUGGGUUUUUUGUGCUUUCUGAAAAUGGUGUGUAUCGUACCACUCUUCAUCCUUAUAAGAUUGGCUUCCAAAGUAGGACAAAGGUCAGGUCGUGUGAGAGUUCUGGUAUAUCUCAGUUUGGCUUAAGUUUCACUAAUAUAGGUGAAAUUUCUUCUCAUAGUCGUGAUUAUGAUUUUCUCGUCGAUGUGAUUGGUGUAAUGACUGGGAUACAUGCUGAACGUGAGUAUAUUAGGGAUGGCAAGAUCACUAAAAUGGUUACUAUUGAGUUAACUGAUCACACUGGUAAAUGUGAUUGUGCUUUGUUCGGUGAAUAUGUGGAUGAAUUGAACAAGAAAAUUGGCAAAUUCAGUCCUGGUUUGCCUAUUGUUGUUGUUCAGUAUAUGAAAGUGAAGAUUUUCAGAGAAAAGGCUUCUAUCCAGAAUGUUAUGAAUGCUACAAGGUUGAUGAUCAAUCCUGAUAUUCCUGAAGUUGAGUCUUUUAAAAAUAGUAUUGAUGUCCAUGGUAUUGAUUGUGAUGCUGAUGUUCCUUUGAUUGGAGAACCCCCUAAGCCUCCUUUUGAGGAGGAAUUUCUUCGUAUGCAUCCCAAGAAGACUAUUGCUGAGCUAGGUGAUGUGGUUGAUGAUGGUGUGUUUGUGGUGUGUGGUGAGGUUGUUGGUGUGGUUGAUGGACAUAAUUGGUGGUAUCCAGCAUGUAAAUGUCACAGGGCUGUUGUUGUUGAUUCUGGGACAUAUUUUUGCAGUUCAUGUGAUAGGCAUGUUUUUCAUGUCAUACCAAGGUUUAGGGUCAAGUUUGAGGUUGCUGAUGGUGAUUCUUCCUGUGUGUUUGUAUUGUUUGAUUCUGAGAUGAGCUAUAUUGUUGAGAAAUCUUGUGCGUUUUUUGUUGCUCAAUCAAAGGGCAAAAAUGUUGGACCACAUCCCAUGGAGUUUGACAGUUUGGUUGGGAAAAGGAUGUUGUUUGUUGUUUCUAAGUCUGGUAAGCCAUCUGCUGUGGAUGAUGGUUCAUUCAGGGUAAAGAGAGUUUGUAUGGAUCCUGUUAUUGUUGAAAAGUUCUUGGCUGAUAUUGGUUUCUCUACUCCAAAGAGGUUGUCUCCUAUAAUUGAUCUUGAAUCAGAUGGUGUGAGUGAUGAUUGUCGCAGUGUUGAAGGUGCUGAAGAUGUUGAUCAGUUUCUCAAAGAUCUUAUUGUCAAUCCACCUGAUGCUUGUGAGGCUGAUGAUGAUGACCCUGAUGCUGCUUUUGUGGUGAAGAGGAAUCUGUCUAAGGCAUUUGAUGGAGCUGCUAAGCCAAAACGUAGUAUUCGUCUGAAAAAAGUGAAGAUCAAGAAAGAAUGAGAUCUCUUUAUGCUUAAGUAUUAAUGAUGCUUUGUAUUAGAUUUGCAAGUUUAUAUGUUUAGAUGUCUGGAUUGUAUCAGUUGUUGUGUUGUUGGUCAAGUUAAGUGUCGGUACUUAUGUAUUUCGUGUGUUGUUAUGUAUUAGAUUUGUAUCUGUCAAGUGAUGGGUUAGUUUAAUGGUGUAUUUGAUAUGUGUAGUGGUAUCUAUUGUAUGUUAUAUGUUUUCAGUCUUAAGGU